GGUGGCUCUCGGGACGCCAUCAUGACGCCAGAAGAAUUGGCGCACUUCGCCAAUGAUGUGAUGCUAUUCUCACCAGAAGACAUCGACCGUCUACAUCGUGUUCUCUUCCGCCUCCAAGAAGCCGCCGUCAACUUUACCCCCGCUGCCGUACAGCGCGAAUACAAAGCCGUAUGCUCAGAAGGGCACGUAUCGACGCAAUACGAUGACCCGUGCUUGCAGUGGCUCCUUGACCUCCUCGAGAUCGACCCCGAAAUCCCUCUCAAUGAAAAGUUUCUCGAUGUGUUACAAGAGGCGAACAUAGUGUUGACCACAGAUGGAACUUCAACGGAUGCGGCGACCGAUUACGGGGAAGGCCCAAAAGGCCGGGCUGCCCAUGAAGUUUCUAUGCCGGUGCGCCCUGCCACAUCUGACUCGAUCGACUCGAUCGAUGGAGAUGACCCUCUCUGGCAGCAAGCCGUCGCCCUCGACAGCCGAAAAUUAGCAUCGCAAGCACUUGAACAAUGGCGCCACAAGCUGCAGCUGCAAAGAUCCGCAUACCUGGAAUACGAAGACCCGGCUAUGAAUUCAGUAGCAGACAGUUUGUACUUACGCAACCUCGCAAGAAAGGUCCUGUCGCACUGGCGCAACACAGUAGCAGAAAUCCGCCAAAUGGAUAUUGUCGCCGACGACUUUCGCAUGCGACGAGAUGCUGCGUUUUCGCUCAAAAAUUGGACAUUGGCUACUCGUGAAAUGCUCUUUGUUAAGGUCAGGGAUGAGAGAAUUCUGCGCAAAGCACUGGGAAAAUGGCAAGAGAAGACUGCGAGUCUCAGAGAGAUGGAUGCCGCAGCUGCUGACUUCCGCGAUCGGCAAGCACUUCAAAAUGCUCUGGUGAAGAUGGUAGCGAAGAGGAGCCAAAUCAGGCAAGCAGAAACUCACGCCGUCCUAGCGUAUGAAGGGAAUCUGAGCCGGAAAAUGCUUCAUACGUGGUUGGUGCAGCUCGACCAUAUACGAUUGAAUGAACGACGAGCAGAGGCCGCGGCAGACUAUUUUGCGAGCAAACAUACUCUUCAGAAGUGGCGGGAGAAAGCUCUACUCCGAAUCGAAGAGAAAAAGGUUGUGGAGGCCCGCAAGCAUGUUUUGGGCUUUACAUACUUCCACAGAUGGCGAGCCGCGACCAGAAAGAGCAAGGAGGCGAAAUACACCGAAGCAUACAAAACCAUGAGAAGAAAAGUCAAGAUGAAUAUCGCUCGCACGGCACUGAAUAUUUGGAGGCAGAAGGCGAUCCAGAUGCGUCAAAUGAAUGUGACCGCUCAGGAAUUCCGGGCCCGCAAAGAGGUGGAGGGUGCAAGGCGCACAGCCCACGGCGCAAUCAUCACCAUGUUCAACAAGGCCGAGCAGAUGCAGGAGGCCAACCUCCAAGCCGAUGCUUUGUUCCGCAAGAAUCUCAUCGAGCGCCUCCAAAUCUUCGGUUCGAACUGGCUUGUCCCAACCCAGCAGAUCCUGGAGAAUCAAAGGAAGGCAGAUGAAUACCGCUCUACCAGGACUGCCAGCUAUGCAUUGCAAAUGCUCAGAAAUUGGAGGAAUGCGGCGUUUAGGACGAAGCGACUAGAAGAGGAUGCGGAUGUAUUGUUCCAUCGUACCGAGAAGAAACGGGCUCUUGGGUUCCUCCAGAAAUGGAGGCAGGCGUCGGCUGGGUCGAGUCGUGAGGAAGCGGCCAGGGAGGUUUCUCUGAUUCCAGCGACGCCGGCGGCUCGAAGGAACCAAUUGCUGGCAUCUACGACACCGGCAUACACUCCAGCCAUCGGCCUGUUUGGUAGGGAUAUCAACGCAGUGGAGGAAGAGGAGGAGUGAUGAUUUUAUGAGUGAUGUGCCCACGAGCUGAUGACUAUGAUACCCCACAAUCUACAAUGAAUGUAAUACAGAGACACAAUAUAAGCAU